AACCCCUUCGUGCAUGAGUUGCAUCUCUCCCGCCUCCAGAAGGUUAAGUUCUGCCUCUUGGGGGCACUAUUGGCCCCCAUCCGAGUGCUUCUGGCCUUUAUCGUCCUCUUUCUCCUCUGGCCCUUUGCCUGGCUGCAAGUAGCUGGUCUUUCUGAGGAGCAGCUUCAGGAGCCAAUUACAGGAUGGAGAAAGACUGUGUGUCACAACGGGGUGCUGGGCCUGAGCCGCCUGCUCUUUUUCCUGCUGGGCUUCCUCCGGAUUCGUGUUAGGGGCCAGCGGGCCUCUCGCCUUGAAGCUCCUGUCCUUGUUGCUGCCCCCCACUCCACUUUCUUUGACCCCAUUGUUCUGCUGCCCUGUGACCUGCCCAAGGUUGUGUCCCGAGCUGAGAACCUUUCUGUGCCUGUCAUUGGAGCCCUUCUUAGAUUCAACCAAGCCAUCCUAGUAUCCCGCCAUGACCCAGCUUCUCGUCGCAGAGUGGUGGAGGAGGUCCGAAGGCGGGCCACCUCAGGAGGCAAGUGGCCCCAGGUGUUAUUCUUUCCUGAGGGCACAUGUUCCAACAAGAAGGCUUUGCUUAAGUUCAAACCAGGAGCCUUCAUCGCAGGGGUGCCUGUGCAGCCUGUCCUCAUCCGCUACCCCAACAGUCUGGACACCACCAGCUGGGCAUGGAGGGGCCCUGGAGUACUCAAAGUCCUCUGGCUCACAGCCUCUCAACCCUGCAGCAUUGUGGAUGUGGAGUUCCUCCCUGUGUAUCACCCCAGCCCUGAGGAGAGCAGGGACCCCACCUUCUAUGCCAACAAUGUCCAAAGGGUCAUGGCACAGGCCCUGGGCAUUCCAGCCACCGAAUGUGAGUUUGUAGGGAGCUUGCCUGUGAUUGUGGUGGGCCGGCUAAAGGUGGCACUAGAGCCGCAGCUCUGGGAACUGGGAAAGGUGCUUCGGAAGGCUGGGCUGUCCCCUGGCUGUGUGGAUGCUGGGGCAGAGCCAGGCCGGAGUCGAAUGAUCAGCCAGGAAGAGUUUGCCAGGCAGCUACAGCUCUCUGAUCCUCAGACGGUGGCUGGUGCCUUUAGCUACUUCCAGCAGGAUACCAAGGGCUUGGUGGACUUCCGAGAUGUGGCUCUUGCACUGGCAGCUCUAGAUGGGUGCAGGAGUCUGAAGGAGCUGAUAAGCCUGGCCUUUGAGCUCUUUGCUGAAGAGCAAGCAGAGGGGCCCAGCCGCCUGCUGUUCAAAGACGGCUUCAGCACCAUCCUACACCUGCUGCUGGGUUCACCCCUCCCUGCUGCCACAACUUUGCAUGCUGAGCUGUGCCAGGCAGGAUCCAGCCAAGGCCUCUCCCUCUGUCAGUUCCAGAACUUCUCCCUUCAUGACCCACUCUAUGGGAAGCUCUUCAGCACCUACCUGCGCCCGCCACAUACCCCCCGAAGCACCUCCCCGAUACCAAAUGCCUCAUCCCCGGGCAGCCCCACUGCUCUGGCCAAUGGGACUGUGCCAGCACCCAAGCAGAAGGGCGAUUGAGCGCCUCAGCCUCCCGCCCCCUUCCUCCUCAGGACAGCGCCAGGGGCCUACCCUAUGCCUCAGCCCCAUCUCUGCUCUUCUUUGACUUUUGUUACCAUUGUCUGUUUUAAGUUGAUUUUAAUUUUUUGUUUGGUUGUGUUUUUUUGUAAGAAACUAUUUUAUAUAUAAAUAUAAAUCUAUAUAUCUAUUUAAAAAAAAAUGAAGCUCAGUCA